AUGGCACCUCCGUCUUUCCGCGAUCUUCUCGGCAUGCCCGCUUCCACAGCCUCGACUAGCGACUCUGCUCUUCUUGUCAUCGACGCUCAAAAUGAAUAUGCAUCAGGUGCUCUUACCGUAACAAACGCCGCAGCGAGCGGAAAGGUCAUCGCCGACCUUCUCGACAAGUACCGAAAAGCCAACGGCAAGAUCAUCCACAUUCUGCACCAAACACCGGAAGGUGCACCCGUCUUCACACCUGGCACCGACCUGGCAGAAGAGUUCAAGGAAGUUAAGGCAAAGGAUGGGGAAGAGAAGAUCUGGAAGAACUUCCCUGGAUCUUUCGAGCAAACCUCUCUCCACGAGACACUGGAGAAAAUGGGUAUCAAGAAGCUAGUCCUGACUGGCUACAUGGCACACGUCUGCGUGUCCACCACUGCCCGCGAGGCUUUCCAGAAGGGAUACGAAGUUAUUCUUGUCGAGGACGCUAUCGGUGAUCGCGAUAUCCCCGGUGUUAAGGGUGACGAGGUCACCAGGGUGGCAUUGGCAGAGCUGGCAGAUGUUUUCGGCACAGUUGUCAAGAGCGCCGACAUCAAGUAA